GGCAGCGGCCCCUGGCUGUGGUGCAUCGGCCAGUGUCCGUCUCCUGCGCAGCGCAGCGCCGCGCCCGUCCGUGAUUGGACCUGCAGCCAAGUGACGGAGGGCGCGUGGUAGCGGAGUGGCGAUGGGCCUGCCGGGCUGACGGCCGCGCCCCGCCCGCCUCACCCUGGCGACCAUUUCGGUGUCGUCGCUCAUUAUGGAGAUGCGGCGCGGCAGCUCGCCGCUCUCGUCCGGGCCGCUGUUCAAGCUGGCCGCCUCGCCGACCGGCUACCUGGCGGCGCCGGGCCUACUGACGACGGUGGCCGGCCGCGCCGCGCUCAUCAAGCAGGAGCCGAUGGUGGGCUCGCCGGAGCCGGGCCUGCCGCGUCGGCCCGGCCCCGAGGAGUGGCUGCCGUCGCCGAACCAGACCAGUCUCGACUCGACCUCGCCGUUCGGCGCGCCGCCCGGCGGCCAGACCGGGGCCGGCUUCUCCGUGUCGCCCAUGUCGUCCAGCAGCUACGACCCCUACUCGCCCACGGGCAAGCAAGGUGAAGGAUCGAGGCACAUAUCGACGUCAUCUGUGGCUUCCAUUGAAGGUGAGCCACUGGGCAUGCUGCGGGCUGUGCGGCACGUGUCUGCGCAAAACAUGGCUGCGCGCGUGGUCGUUUUGCAGGCCCCCAUGCCGUCGGACUCAGGAAUGGCGGCCCGCUGUUGA